AUGGCAUAUGCUACGACUAACUCGCCGGUUCUGGACGCCGACACCCAAUCAGGCUUAAAGCUUGCAACAUCUCUCCCUCAACCAACUUCUUUCCAUCAUGUUGUCCAUUCUUUGCCUUCUGGACAACCGUUCUCUAACGCAUCCUCCUUCACAUCUUCUCCAAUAUCGACACCUACCUCAUCAUUCCCUGCUUCCGAUACAUCAUACGCUUUCUCGCCUGCUGGUACUCCAUUACAACCUGCCGGCGAAGCACUUCCUGGUCGAGUAAACGGGUUAUCAUUGCCCAUUCCAGCCCCCCUCGAACUUGGCGAGUCUAUGAUGGCCGUUCCCGCAAAUGCAAACGCAAACCCCUCCAGUUUCAGUGACGUUGCUUCUUCAGCACCAAAGGCACCGGGUCUGAUGCGACGAAUCUCCCGCGGUGCUGCCAAUAAACUUACUCGCAGGAGACAGUCCGCCAGCCAGAACGAUAAACGAGAUCGAAGUACUGGCCCCAUUAUCAUGCGCCGCCGUAGUGACAGCAAAACUGGUCCUCAACCCGUUCGAGAAAGCGCACUCGAUUCGAGCAAUGAAGACGACGCAGAUGAAGCCAUGGAUAGCCUGGGUGCAUGGGCCGGCUCGGAACCGUCCAGUCUUCGAAGCGAAAGCCGCAUGACAUUUGCUCGCGAGGUUGGGCCUGCUGCCGCAGUUGCCCUCGCUCCCAAGGUCGACUCGGCCGUUCAGCGCGGCACUGUCCUCACAAAGGUGACCAAGAAGCGCAGAAAGCAAGUGCGAUUCUUCCUUGACCUCGAUGCUGCGAAGGUCUUCUGGGACGUUUCAAAUCCAGCAAAGCGCUUUUACAUCGACGAUAUCAAGGAAAUUCGUGUUGGUGCCGACGCUCGCAAUUACCGUGAAGAACAUCAGAUCCCAGAAGACUUAGAGCGUCGGUGGUUCACCAUUGUGAUUGCGGAUUCUGAUCGCUCCAAGGGCCGGACGGUCAAGACUCUGCACCUCAUCGCUCCCAGUGACCGUAUCCUCGACCUUUGGAUUACCACUCUGGAGCACAUCUCUCGCUAUAGAAUCGGACUGAUGGCUGGUCUCGCUGGUUUGGGUCAAAGUGAGGCCGUUCUCCAGGCCCACUGGCAGCGGGAGAUGUCAAGACUAUUCCCACAAGGCCUUCCUCCAAUGGAGGAGCAAAGCCUCGAUCUCGCUGCUGUGGAGACGGUCUGCCGCAGUCUGCAUAUCAACUGUUCCAAAAACAUGCUUCGGGCACAGUUCACCAAAGCUGAUGCCGCCCGCAAUGGAAGGCUGAACUUUUCGGAGUUCAAAGAUUUCCUCAUGCGUCUGAGAGAACGCAAGGAUGUCAAAGACAUCUUCAAGCAUCACACUGCCAACUCAAAAGAAGGCAUGACUCAGGAUGAAUUUCUUGCUUUCCUCCGUGAUGUGCAAAACGAAGAUGUCGAUUCCGAUCGAAUCUACUGGGUUGCACUGUUUAACAAGAACGUUCGGCGAUCCUCUAAAUCCCGUACCGCCUCCUCUGAAGGGUCCGAGGUUAUCCAACCUGUGUCGCGGAUGAACCUGGACUCGUUCUCCGCAUUCUUGGCUUCUUCCAACAACGGCAUCUACGCAUCACGUGCUCCACAGUCGAGGUUUGAUCGCCCAUUGAAUGAAUAUUUCAUCUCAAGCUCUCACAACACCUAUCUCCUGGGCCGCCAGGUCGCUGGUGCUUCGAGCACCGAGGCUUAUGUAAGCGCACUUCAGCAGGGAUGUCGUUGUGUAGAGAUUGACUGCUGGGAUGGUGCGGAUGGACGCCCUAUUGUCUCUCAUGGGCGAACUUUGACCACCAGUGUCCUUUUCGCCGAUUGCAUCACUGUGAUCAACCGAUACGCCUUCAUCACAUCAGACUUUCCCCUUAUCCUCUCCCUCGAGGUGCACUGCAACCCGGAACAGCAACUGGCAAUGGUCAAGAUUAUGAAGGAGACAUUCAAGGAUCAACUUAUACUUGAACCCUUGAUGACCAACUGCUACAUCCUACCUUCCCCCGAGGAACUCAAAGGCCGCAUCUUGGUCAAGGUCAAGACUUGUGAUGAACCCGAAUUUGAUCCUCGCCAAGAUACCGCCAAUUCUGUCAGCACACAUGGCCGCAAGCGCAGUGCCAGCACGCCAUUUGUGCGACCCAAGAUCUCCGAUUUGCCCCUUCCCUCACUGUCAAGCCCGCCCACUAUAGGCCCCGUUGGUGGCAUCGGCCCUUUUAUCUCGCAGGAUAGGCGAUCUUUGACUGCGACCAGCAUGAGCAGUGCAACCGAAGAUAGUGACGGGGCUAUAGCAUCUGCUCACAACGAUAAGAAGAAGAAGAGACGCCAGAAAAGCAAAAUCACCAAGCCACUAUCAGACUUGGGUGUUUACACUCGUGGCUACAAAUGGCACAGCUUCUCUUCUCCAGAGAGCAACCGGUACAAUCACAUCUACUCUUUUGCUGAACGCUCUUUCGAGAGCAUCACGCAGAAUCACGAGAAUAAGGUUGCGCUAGAGGCACACAACCGCAAGUACCUCACCCGAGUGUACCCUUCUGGGUUCCGAUUACGUUCAUCCAAUUUCGAUCCGAACAAGUUCUGGCGUCGCGGUGUGCAAAUGGCUGCAUUGAACUGGCAGACUUAUGACAUCGGAAUGCAGAUGAACCAAGCUAUGUUCGCAGCUGGUACUGAUCGCACCGGCUACAUCCUCAAGCCUGAGAGCCUUCGUCUCCCGGCUAUGGAUGACGGAAUCCACAAGCGCAAAAUGGAGCGCAAGAUGGUUCGGUUCUCACUCGAUGUCAUCUCCGCACAACAGCUCCCGCGCCCGCGCACUUUCGGCCCUGACGACAAUAUCAACCCAUACGUUGAGAUCGAAAUGUUUAGCGCCGACGAUCGUGGCCAGAGUUUCGUUCUCGGUGAGGGCGGCAUGGAUGCUUCUGCACGCAACGGCAUGUCCGGCAUCGGCUAUCCACACCGUCGCCGCACCAAGAUUGAGCAAAGCAACGGCUACAGUCCUGUGUUCAAUGACAGGUUCAAGUUGUCUUUGGAAACCAAGUAUCCCGAUCUUGUAUUCGUGAGAUGGACCGUCUGGAGCUCAAUGGAUGGUCGCAGUGCUGGUAACAACAACAGCGUGCAGCUGGCCACUUUCACCGCCAAGCUAACCAGUUUGUCCCAAGGCUACCGCUAUUUGCCUCUUUACGAUAACAGCGGUGAUCAAUACCUCUUUUCGACCUUAUUCUGCAAAAUCUCCAAGGAAGACCCAGUUCCUGUUCAGCGUCUGGACCUUGAAGAACUCCGCGCCGAGCGCAUGGGAAUUCUGCGCCAGAUUAGUCAGUCCGUCUUCAAGCGCUCUUCGUCGACCGAGCGCGACAAGGACCAAGCGCAGGAUCGCAGUGAGUCUGUGAGCACCGAAGACCGGGAAGGCUGCUCACCCAACCUGACACCCACCUUGUCAACAACCUCAACCUCAACCUCAUCCUUCGUGCAAUAA